AUGUCUAUUUGUCCUCCGGCAGCAGCAUCAGCAGCACCCAACAGAGGGCAAGAGCAAUCGACCGCAGCAGAAGGAUACAGACAUUUCGCGCGAAUCGCAUAUCUUGCGAGCGAUGUCGUCGUCUCCGUCCAGCCUUCUCAGGCCAACGACUCAGAGUUCUCGUCGCACUUGAAGCGCUACGAGGCGCGCAAGGGCAAGAGCUUGGUGGCCAAGGGCCCUGGUGCUGUUCCCGAGAUUCACGCUGUCAGGCACAACGCCGACCCUCUCCUCUCCGUCUUCGCCCCCAUCCGCGCCGGCAAGCUCGUCUCCGUCACCACGAGCUCCACCACUCUCGUCCCCUCCAUCACUCACCUCUACAAGCUGGCCAACUUCCCCGUCGUCAUCCACGUCUCUCUCCAGCCCGCCAGCUUCCCUGACUACUCAGCCAUCACCGCCAUUCGCAAUGCCGGGUGGACCUUCCUGCAGUCCGAGAGCCUGCAGGAGGCCCAAGAUCUGGCCCUGACUGCCCACGCCCUGGCUCUGCGCUCCGGCAAGGGUGUCAUCCACUUCUUCGCCACGGCGUCGUCUGAAGACGAUGAGCCCAUUGACGCCGAGGAUAUUGACGUUGUGAGGGAGGUCCUCGACCUCGACACCGUUUUUUUUAUUCCAGUCCAGUGCCGAUGCCGGCUCUGGCAUCUACGCUGA